AUGGGGGAUAAUCGUUCUUUAGGGUUUUGGUCGAUUGGGUUUUUGCUCUUGAUCGGCUUUGCGAAUGGAUCGAUUCACGAGUAUAAGAACGAAAGGUUCACUGUACGUGCCAAUGCUCGAUUCUUCCAUGGUGGUAGCGAAGGUCUUUACGCUUCCAAGUUUCAGAAUGUAAAUUCUACUUCUUCUGAUGUUAACCCUCUUGAAGGAAAGUCCUUCAUUAGGUUUGAUGAUGUUACGUUUGUGAGGACGACGGAAUCGGCGAGGAAACAGAAUGCAAUGCAGUCAACUGCAGGAUUGGUUGAAGCUAUAAUACUUGAGGUGAAAGACCGUGAGAGAAUUGGGGGAUCUUUUCUGAAAACGGAAUCAAUUUGUUGCACGCCUGAGCUAGCUGAUGCUGGAUCUUGCAGUCUGGGGGAAGUUAUCAUUAGGAGAGAUCCUAAUGAUCCUGAGUGGCCAAGACAGAUCAAGACCUUCUUUAAAGGGAACAAGACAGAAGUUAAUAUGUCACCAGAAACUGUGGUUAUAAACAAGACUGGGAUGUAUUAUCUUUAUUUCAUGAUAUGUGACCCGGAACUGGAUGGGACUAUAAUCAGAGGAAGAACAGUUUGGAAGAACCCUGAUGGUUAUUUGCCGGGAAAGGUGUCUCCUUUAAUGAAAUUUUUUGGAUUCAUGUCGUUAGCUUAUCUUUUGCUUGGUCUAGUUUGGUUUCUCCGGUUCGUUCAGUUUUGGAAGGAUAUAAUUCAGCUGCACUAUCAUAUCACUUUUGUUAUUGCUCUUGGCAUGUGUGAAAUGGCUGUUCGAUACUUCGAGUAUGCUAAUUUUGACUCGACUGGAAGGAGGCCAAUGGACGUUACUCUGUGGGCGGUGACCUUUUCCUCCAUUAAAAAGACACUUUCCAGGCUUCUUCUUCUGGUCGUCUCUAUGGGUUAUGGGGUAGUGAAGCCUACCCUUGGUGGCAUAACUUCGAGGGUACUUCUUCUUGGAGUCAUAUAUUUUGUCGCAACAGAGGCUCUUGAGUUGGUUGAGCAUUUGGGAAACAUCAAUGACUUUUCUGGAAAAACGUUGAUAUUCUUGGUCAUUCCCGUGGCAUUACUGGACGCUUGCUUUAUUCUGUGGAUUUUCUCAUCAUUGGCAAGAACACUUGAGAAACUUCAGAUUAAGAGAAACAUGGCAAAGCUUGAGCUUUAUAGGAACUUCACCAACGCGCUUGCUAUCUCUGUUCUGCUCUCUAUUGCUUGGAUUGGUUUUGAGCUAUACUUCAACGCAAACGACCCUCUAAGCGAAUUCUGGCGAAUGGCAUGGAUAAUUCCAGCUUUUUGGAAUUUACUCUCUUUUGGUUUGUUAGCAGUCAUAUGCAUCCUUUGGGCUCCUUCCAAUAAUCCUACCAGGUAUUCAUACUUGGCGGAAACAGGGGACGAGUUUGAAGAGGAAGGUAUCUCAUUGACGGGUAGCGGAAUUAAGAGUACAAGCGAUAUUGAAAGGAAUGAACUUCUAUACGGGCUUGCUGACGACGUUGAAGAGGACAAACGCGAGUAA